GCCAUCACGGCCGGCCAACAGCGCAAACGAAGCGGCGGAGGAGCAGUGCGAAGCUGCAUGCGUGACGUCAGCUACCUGUCGGAUCAGGCCUACUGGCACUACACGAUUGCCCAGUCCCUCAUCUACCUGACCAUGUUUCUCCUCUUGACCGUCAUCUACGCGACCAUCUUCCUUUUCGUCCGCCGCCGGCAAAUGCUGAUGAACGUGAAGUACACCUACCCAACCGGCUUUGCGACACGGGUGUCUGAGAGGGUCGGCCUCCUCCACAGCACUGCCGGAGACGAAGAGGACGAGGCUGAUGAGCUCAUCCUGCCCGACAUGCCCGUGGGCAAGGCCGACAAUCCUCUGGACGACGGCGUAAAUGGUACCACGUCUGAGGGUGUCAGUGAGUCGGUGAAACAAGUCGGCGAAGAGGCGACAGAUACAGACUGGCCCGGCAAACGUCUGACUGGCCUGCCAGUCCACAAAGUCACGGUUGAUGAGCCAACAGCCGAUCUUGGCCUCGGUUUGAGGCAAAUGAAUGAGUUGAGGGCCAAUUCACAAGAAGCCAGUCCCGAGAUCUCGACCGGCAGUCAAACGGCCAUCGGUGCUAUUCGACAGCCGGACAAUCGCCGACAAUCUCAAACUGUGCGGCCAGCCGAAGGAACAUCAUCAAUCGUCACCAUGGUCACCAUCACUGGACCUCAUGAGUCAACGGGUGCCAAGAAGCUGCAGACAGAAGAGACGAUUCGGCUCAAGAUGUUCAGCUCUCCAGCCAGACCAGUUGAGCCGAUCGCGAAGUCAAGCACUGACCAAUUGGCUGUGCAGACGACGACGUCUCGACCGAAACGAUCGCUUGAUCGUGUAAACCAGCAACCCAUUUCGACAUCCGAAGCCUCCUCUCCUGUUUACCCUGCCGGCUAUACUGGCUCUGUUUAUCCGGCAUUUUGUUAUUGUUAUUGUGACCCUCGCGGAUGCUGUCCGGCCGAAGGCCACGAUACUGGCGGAUGGCAGUUGCGAUGGCGUUGGCGUUGGUUCUGGAUUCGCAGUGAUCCCGGAGAUCUGGCAAGCGAAGCCGAGGCAGAGACGGAGUCAUGGAGUCGACAAAGAAUCGGCCUGACCGCCACCGAGUCUGCCAUCAGCAGUCUACAGACAAGUCAAGCCGCCAGUGCCAACACGUGCACCACUGACGGUGAUCGUGUCGCUGUGAGCCAAGCUGACGCCAGAGCCGGGCUGGAAGCGGUAACCAAGGCCCAAAUGAUGGGCAAUGCAGGCACUAGUGACACCCUCGAUCAGCAGGACGAUGAAUUUCUGCUGCGGCCCGAUGCAGAUGGUCCGUUGGUCUGGAAUGCGCUCUUGCAGCCCGGCAAACCGGGCGAUAUCUCGACAUCCGGGACGGGAGAGGAGGGGAUUUGCGCUCGUGGACUGAUCGCUGCCGCCAGACUGCAGGAGCGCCGCCGACGACCAUACAUCCGGACAGCACAGACUCUGGUCGCCAUCACAAUCUGCUUCAUCCUCUCAUAUCUGCCCUUUCUGGUGCAGGGCCUCCUCAGACCGCAUGUUCGACCACCGAUGCCCUACGGGACCAGCAUCUACGGCGAGUCUAGUCACUUCUCGCUCUAUCUCUAUUUCCUUAAUUCCGUGGUCAAUCCGAUCAUCUACUCCUGCAUGAAUCAACACUUUCAGGCCAGAAUAUGUGGCCUAGGACGCUCUUUAGCAGCAGCAUUAUCGCCCAGUCGAAAGAGAGGAAGAGGCAAUCAUGCCAACGAGCAUGGUGGUGCUCGGAAAUGUCGAAGACACCUUCGUGGGAGGCGAAAAUGUCCGGACAGAAGUAUUGCAGCGACCACAUGUUGCAUGAGCACUCCGGCGGCAGACGAAACUGUCGGACCGACAGUCAGCUCGCAAAACUGGUCGUAUUGUUCAUCCAAACAGCUUUACAAUGCUGACAAAAAUGAACACAUAAUCAGCUCAUAUCUAGCAGACCAAAACCAAUACCAGACGUUGGUUAGCAUAGCCACUGACAGGCUGACCGAAGAUGCAAAAUGUGGUACAACAGGCGAGUCGGAGCCACCAGAAUGGCCCGGUUUAUGCAACAAAAACGAAGAGGAAGCAUCGACUUUGACGUUUAGCGAGGCUCGAAUCAAGGUUUGUGUCCCCGAAAGAGGCCGAAGCGUUCGGUAA